AUGGAUGAUUUAGCCAUGGCGUUGAAGGAAGUGAAAGCCGAAGCAGAUGAAACCAAUGAGAAAUUCCUUUUCACAAACCUUGAGCUUGAGAACACAAAAGGGGAAGUCCAAAACUUGAAGCUUCAGCUCAGGAGUAUGGAGGAAAAGUACAUCGAAUCAAAGAAACAGAGGCCAAAAGGCCAUCCCCUUUCAUUUGCAUCGGUUUCAAACCGAGUGAGGGGAGAGAGAGCUUCAAACGCUCUCAACUCUCUCAUCCACAGAGAGAAGAAGCAAUGGCCACCUGCUGAACUCACGGCGGAGUUCACGGUGGCUGACGUCAAAGACUAUCGGAGAGGGGAGCAACAAAGGACGGUGGUAGCAGAAGCUAAAAGGUCUACUGCGGCCGACGUCAGAGACUGUCGGAGAGGGGAGCAACAAAGGACGGCGGCAGCAGAAGCUAAAGGGUCUACUGAUAACGAAAACCUUAAGAUCAACGAAGCAACAACAGUCGACAACAUCAGGGAUUUGAAGCUGUUGUUGUGCGAUGCCAACUGCGAAGCUGAUGAUCCAGAGCGAGUUAAGAAACAAAAAGCUGCAGCCAAUUCUGUAGAUAAGGAUCAUAAAGAUUAUAAAGAACAACAAGGAAAGAAAUCUAAACAUAACAUAUCAAAAAGCGCUUGUUUGAACUUAUCAUUCCCGAAUUACAAAAACAAGGAUGCAGAUGAUGAUUCCAAGCUCCCACAGAGAACUCCUUCAACAUCAAGCUCAAACCAUCAAAGGAAAAAGUCUUCUUUGACGGGUGAUGAAGCAAUGAAUGGGGAGGAGUUUGAGCCCGUUGAUAAAAGCAAUUUCGAUGAAGAAAUUGAUAGGAGCUCUAGGAAGAAGAAAGCUUUGUUAAAAAGGUUUGAUGAUCUUAUAAGGAGAAAAAGUUUUAAAAGACUAGAACAAGCCUCAGAUUGA